CAAAGUACGUCCGCGUUGUGGAAAUUCUCCGUAUUGUAUGCCUUUUACAGGCCUCCGUAGUUUACGAAACUUUCCUGACGGACGCUGACCUGCGUUUUGAAGCAAACUUAGCUACAUUUUACAGGAAAAGGAAGGAGGAAUGUGGUUAUGAUGUGUUCUUUGGCUCUGUUCCCCCCACCGCUGUCCGGCGAUGGAGAGACUUCUCAAUACAACGAGUCCAACACAGAUCCAUCCGUCUGGUUUGAGGAUUCACCUGCUCUGAAUCUGUACUUCCCGCGAGAGUCACUGAAGCCUCACAGCCGCCAAGAGAGCAGCAGCAAGUCGGCCUUUAGGGACCACUGUGAGACGCUGUACACGAGGAGUGCAGGGGCUUGGCGUGAUGCCGGCCUGUCUGGACUCCUAAAUGAGAUCGCCAACUCCAGUGCAGAGGUGCCCAAGUGGCUAGGGGUGAGCUCGAGCUGUGUCCUGGCCUUGCUACGCUGGGUUUCCUCCUUCCACAGCUCUCUGUUUCCUCACCUAACAUUGAGCAGCGAGGAAAUGACCGCCGAGUUUUCCCAAGUGCUGGACUGGUCGGACUGUGCAGUGCGGAGCUUUGCCUGGCACCCACACACUCAGAAGUGUGCCGUGGCCCUUUCAGACGAUUCCAUCAAGAUCUACAACCCCAAGAGUGCUACUACUCCCACCCUGAAGCACCGUCUGCAGCGCAGUGUGGCGGCUCUGCAGUGGAAGCCUUUGUGUGCAUCUGCCCUGGCCGUCGCCUGUCACAACUGCCUGCUUGUCUGGCACGUGGACCCCACCUCACUUUCUACCAGGCCUUCCUCUGGCUGUGCCCAGGUCCUGUCUCACCCAGGCCAUUCCCCCGUCACGUCCGUCGCAUGGUCACCUAACGGACCUCUCCUGGUGUCGGCCUCUCCCAGGGACACUGCCAUGCUGGUGUGGGACGUCGCUGUUGAGAGCUGUGUGCCUCUCCACCGCGUGGGAGGGGGAGGAGUCACGUACCUGUCCUGGUCUCCCGAUGGCAGUCGUGUGCUGGCAGCUACACCCUCCUCCCUCUUCAGGGUUUGGGAAACCAGGAUGUGGACUUGUGAGCGGUGGCCUAGUCUGAAGGGACGCUGUCAGUCUGGCUGUUGGAGUCCUGAUGGGAGUCGGCUGCUCUUCAGUGUGCAAGGAGAGACCGUCAUCUAUGCCCUGACCUUCACUGACAACCCAGGGGUGCCCUUAAUGAUGUCAGGUGGGCCAAAGGCAGCAACAGUGGUGGCCGACCUGUCCGAGACCACCUUAAAUACACCCGACGGAGAUAUCAUGGUCGGAGGAGAGAUCCAGUCAUUGGUGUGGGAUCCGAGAGGAGAGCGUCUAGCCGUGCAUGUCAAAGGAGACGCCGGAGCAGGCCGCCCUGCCAUGAUCGCAGUGUUCAAGACUCAAAUCAGCCCCGCUUUUAAGCUUCUGCCAUGUGGUUUUGUCCAGGGGGAGGCCGGGACAGAGCCCAGACUGAUGCAGUUUAACCCCAACUACCAGCAUGGAGCCCAGCUCACUGUGUGUUGGUCCAAUGGGAAGAUUACCCACGUGCCUUUCUGCUUUAUGAGUGCUGGGAAUCCCCAGCCUGGCCUGGGAGGCAGCCCGUCUCUCCCCCUGACCCAGGGCAGACCAGCCGACUACAACAACCAGACUCUCUACACAGAACUCAUCUCCUGACCACAAACCCACACAUACACACACUCAAACUAACACAGAAACCAUAUUUCAGUACAAUUUAUACUUUUUUUUUACACUUUGUAAAUAAACGUGCACAAAGUGUAAUGCAAAUUGUGAA